AUGAGUUCAGUGCCAGGUAACGUAAAUAGGUCCGAAGAGCAGCGGAAACGUCCCACUUUACAGAAUAUUGCAACCAAAGAGAAACCAAAAGAAAUACACACUCGGAAAUCCGAUGUACUAGAAAUAGCUGUAACAGCGAUGUCUAAGGCCAAUAGAUUAUAUCAGGACGCUAAGUUGCAGCUAGAGCAGUCUGGAAACUUAAAGACUUCCAUAAAAGAGACGGUGGUAAAUAACCUUUCUGAACUCUUUGGAAUCGUAUUACAGUUAAACGAAGAAAGGCAGACUCUACUCCUACAAUUGGAGAAAGCUCGUAUACAACUUAAAGACGAUCUACUUAGGCAAGAAAAACAGUAUGUAGAGAGCCUUAGAGCACUAAUGGAUCAGGGUAGUAUAAGAGAUAUUCAGUCUGCUCUCACCGAAACAGUGAGUGAUAUGAGAACCCUAACGGACUCAUUGAAGCACACGAUGGGCAAUGACACCUUAUUGGAUAAACAUACUUUUAUGGGCAAAUCGGAGGAUACCAGAAGGGAACUGAUGGAAAUAAAAGAAGAAUUAUCAUCCCUAAAAGACCAAAUGGGUGGACUUCGAGAGUCUUUAGUUAUAAGCGAAACAAAUGAACCCACAUAUGCCAGCAUAGCUGGUCGACCUAAGGCCAAAAUAAACAGUAAAAUGAUGGCUCCAAUGCACUCAGUUCUGUUUGCUGAUUUAAUUACAUACCCCUUUACUUACGGUCUUUUUGACGCUACACGGACACAUAACUCCAAAACGCUUGGAAUUAGAACACCAACCAAAUCGACACGGACUGAAAAGUCACCUCCUAAAACAGGAAGUGAAACUUCAAAAGUAAGACGUAGCAUAGAUGACUGGGAAGCUAACAUUGAUUCCACCCCAUCCAUGACUAGCACGACGAUGCAGGCGGGUACUGCUAAAACAAAACAAACGGUAUCGGCGUCACAAAACAGUAAAAUUACGCAUAAAGUGUCUGUACAAGUACACACUCCGCCAAAGCAGCAAUAUGAAAAUCGAACAAUGGAAGCAAAGGCUUGUUUAACAAAAGGCAAGCUCCAUUUGAAUGCCUCUCGAAAUACAAAAACAGAGAUAAAAAAUAGCAUUAUAGAAGCACUAGAUCGGUUAUAUCAGCUUGUUAAAGAAGCUGAAAUAGAGCUAAAGGCGAAAAAGUCAAAAGGAGAAAAGGAAAAGAGUGAAAAGGUGGAGCUGGAAACUGCAAUCAUUGAUUCUACCUUCUCAGUCGUGGAUUCAGACCUAAAAACAAGGAUUGAAGAGCACGCAAUAUUGCUGUUAGAAACAAAUAAUAAGAUGGAAGAGUUGAAAGAAUCGAUGGAAAAGCAAAGAGGAACCCUAGAGCGAGUGACAAAUAAUUCGAAGUGCUCAUCAAAGAACAAAGUACAGUCCAGUACAGAGUCACAAAAUUCGACGAGUGGAAGCUGUGCAGAUACCUUAGAUCUAGUAUCACAGUGCAUUUUAGCUGCAAAACUCACGCAUCGGCUCGACUAUGAAUGUGGAGUAACCGAACGAAAUAAAGCAAUUGCGCCGCCACGGCCAACCGUUGAUUACCGGCUUGGCGCUGACCAUGAAACGGAGCGCGCUACUGACGGUCGCGAUUACAUCGUACUACCUCCACACCCCACAGCUGCAACAGAUUUCAAUAUUCAAAGGCGAACUAAUACGGCUUACGGUGAUUUUGAUCUCGCCAUAAGUUGUGAUAUUAACAGAGUUCCUCACGUGGACACUUCUGCACGUCGUUCACGUAUUUUACUUGAAAUCAAUCGGAUUUAUGAUAUUAUUUCAUCCUCUUCUCAUUGCGUAUCUACUCCAAGAAAUUAUGUCUCCAAACUCUUACAAUGUACGCCUACUAAUAACCAGCUUCAAUCUCGAUAUAAAAGCAGUUUAAGUAAGAAAAUUGAUAAGAAAAAAAAAUUAAAUAAAAUGUUCAGUGAAAAAAAUGAACUAAAAGAAGCAGCAAGAGGUAGAAUUAUACUGGAAGAGCAAAGAGAAACAGAGAGUGGAAGCCUAAAACUCCCUGUGCCAGCUGGCACGCACGCUGUACGGGUUCAAGUGACUCUGCAUUCAGAUCCGGUUUCGUGGCCCAAAAAACCCGUCCAAACCAUAGCACCUGAUCAACCAGAAAAACCUGAACAACCCACAGUACCUGAUCAACCCAAAAAACCUGAACAACCCACAGUACCUGAUCAACCCGAAAAACAUGAUCCACCCAAAAGAUGGUUAAAACCUCCUAAACCCCAAAAACCUAAAAUUUAUUGGGACAAUAGAAAAGACUGA